AUGAAAGCGAGCCAGAAAGAUCAAGAGAAAGUAAUUUGGGAUCAGAUGCGCAGCUCCACAGGGACCCCAAUUCCUGGACCCGGCUCUCAAUCUCGAGCCACCCCUAAACUCCUCGUCUGGCUCAUCCUCUGCGUCUCUCUCACUUACAUCGUCUACACGCUCAAGCUCGUCUCCACCUCCCGAGCCGCCUGCUCCGAUGAAAAUGACCCAUUUAACCCCGUUCGCCUCUCCUCCUCCACCGCCACUGCCACUGCCACCAACAUCACAACAGUCCAAGAUCGGACGGCCGAGGUUCUCCAGCUCAAAACCCACCAACCCAUAAACGAAAACCACCCGACGGAGAUAAACGACAUCGUAUUCGGCAUUGCCGCCUCCGCCAAGCUUUGGAAACAGAGGAAGAACUACAUCAAGCUCUGGUACAAGCCCCAGUCGAUGAGAGGCAUAGUUUGGCUGGACCGCCGAGUAGAGGAUAAAAACCCUGAAGGCCUCGGCCUCCCGCCUAUUAAAAUCUCCGGCGACACCUCCGGGUUCGCGUACACUAACAAACAGGGGCACCGGUCCGCGAUUCGGAUAUCUCGGAUCGUCUCCGAGACACUGCGUCUUGGGCUCAAGGACGUGAGGUGGUUCGUAAUGGGGGACGACGACACCGUUUUCAUCACCGACAAUCUCGUGAGGGUCCUGAGGAAAUACGACCACACGCAGUACUAUUAUAUCGGGAGCUUAUCGGAGAGCCACUUGCAGAACAUCUUCUUCUCGUACGGCAUGGCUUACGGCGGCGGCGGCUUCGCCAUCAGCUACCCAUUGGCUAAAGCUCUGAGCAAAAUGCAAGACCGGUGCAUACAGAGGUACCCGGGACUGUACGGCUCCGAUGACCGAAUGCAGGCUUGCAUGGCGGAACUCGGUGUCCCACUCACUAAAGAACUCGGCUUUCACCAGUAUGAUGUGUAUGGCAACCUGUUCGGGCUCCUUGCAGCACAUCCGGUGGCACCCUUAGUGACAAUGCAUCACCUUGAUGUGGUUGAGCCCAUCUUCCCCAACGCAACCCGCGUUCAAGCCCUUCAGCGGCUUCUUGUACCAGUGAAGCUGGACUCAGCAGGAAUCAUGCAACAAUCCAUCUGCUAUGACAAGUCAAAGAGUUGGACCAUUUCUGUUUCUUGGGGAUUUGCUGUUCAAAUUUUUCGAGGAGUCUUUUCACCCCGUGAGAUGGAAAUGCCUUCACGAACGUUUUUGAAUUGGUACAAAAGAGCAGAUUACACAGCAUAUGCAUUCAACACUCGUCCAGUUAGCCGAAACCCUUGCCAGAAACCAUUUGUAUUUUAUAUGUCAAAGGUAAGAGUUAAUGCUACGAUGAAUUCAACAAUCAGUGAGUACGUCCAGCAUCGUGUCCCUCAUCCCCACUGCAAGUGGAAGAUGGCUGAUCCUGCUGAUCUUGACAAAGUCGAGGUUCACAAGAAGCCUGACCCGCAUCUAUGGGAGAGAUCUCCGAGAAGAAAUUGUUGCAGGGUUCUGGAGUCAAAGAAGAAAGGGACGAUGGUGAUAGAUGUUGGUUUAUGUAAAGAGGGUGAGAUCAGUGAAAUAUAG